GCCGUUUGGCGUUCUGCGUUCCUCGUCCGCCAUCACCUCACCGUCUGUCUUCCUCGCACGGUCAUUACACUCCACUGCUGAAUCUCUCAGUGCUUAUGGCCUCUUCCAAUGAUCCCGCGGGACUCUCCUGCAUACAGGACUGGCGGUAUACGGAGUCCCAGUACGGAACACAGGGACCAGACAAUGGACCACUCGGGCCGCAUGCGGGUGGACAAGCAGGAAUGCACACGCAGCUUCCCUAUGCUUCUCGCGGGGACCGUGGGUCCUUGAACGGGACAGGGAGCGAAACCCAGUGGCCCUUGGAAGACAGUGUGGGUACACAAGUCCCAACUUCACGGCCUCUGGGGACACUGGGACAAGUGGGCACGCCUGUGGGGAGUGGGGCUCCAUCAUCGGACCCCACUUUGUCACAGGUUUCAGAACCUCGUGAUGUCACGGGCAGGGUGACACAUGCCCCACAAAGUGAUUGUGGGCCACCCUUACCUGGCUUCAGCACACCGAUUCAGCCCAUUGGUGGUUUCUCUUUCGGGGUCGGUGGUGAAGAUGAGGACAUUUUGCGGGAGCGUCUAAGGAGGCGUGCCAUUGCAAUUGCGGAAGGGCAACCAUCUACCGCACAUUGUGCACAACAUUUGUCUUUCCACUCUGACGGAGCUCCGAGUGACGACUGUCGUGCUGCGUCUUCUGAUUUGUCACCCAUCACCUCUGUGAACCACGUUUCCAGUGCUUCUCAGACGCAGAGGGGGGGGGUUGCCACCACGCCACCUCUGUCAGACGUGGGCGUCGGAAGACGUGGGUCGUCGUCAUCUCCGGUCCCUCAUGGCAGUCCGCAUACCCCUAGCGUGGCAUCUGAGCAUCAUGUGCCAUCAGAGUACUUGAUCAACCGGCUAAUUCGGGACAUUGAGGAUGGCGUUUCCCCCUCUCCAAUUGCUGCAGACACUGCAGCGGCCUUCGCAGUCGGUGGCAAUGCAGCUGCCCCUGCACGAACACCUCCUCGCCAAUCUGUUGAUCCGACGCCUGUGAAUCACACACCCACCCGGGGCGGUGGCCGCGGUGAAUGCAGCCAAAGCCCUUCGGGUGCAGUCCGUGAGGAGGGGACUUCUCCUGCUGCAGGUCCGCAGGGACAGCAAGGUCGGGCAUUGGCACAUGAAAAGAAUAAGGACCGUUGGGGGGAGGAUGAGAGUGCGUGGUUGUGCCGGUUCCGCAAUGAGGUGAAGUUGCAGAUGAAUGAGGAUACAGAGGCAUACGGACGGGCAGGGUUGAAGGCAAACUUCUGGAAGAACGUGGAGCUGCGUAUGAAGGAGAAGGGUUACAAUCGCGAUCACGAGCAGAACAGCACGAAAAGGAAGAAAUACAAUGUCGAUUUCGUACUGCGUCGAAGUUGGUAUGACAUCAUCAACUCCGUUGAGAAGGACACGGACUCUAUAAACCUCACGUAUUUGAGGGACAGCGGUGACGACCCUCGGCGGCAGACGGAGACUGACGACAUGGCGGAUGCGGAUGGACAGACGGAGGGGGUGAGCGAUGACCCAGGCGGAGGAAGUGGAGCUGCAUCCGGCGGGACACGAUCGACAACUUUCGAACCCACGCUCGGGAAGCGGAAAAGAGCGGUUUCCAAUGCGCGUGARGCCAGCGUGCAAGCGGUGACAAGCGCAAUGCGUGACCACACGACUGCGCUCAMACGAUCCGAUCGAGAGUGCGCGAAGAUGCGCUGUGAAACCACUCGUGAUGUGGCAAAGCAACAGGCUGAACUGGCUACACAGCUCAUGCAGCAGGAAUUAGCUGGGCGUGAGAGGGUGGCCAGCAUUGUCGGGGGUAGGGUCGAGAGUGGAAUAAACCACCUGGCAGAUGUCAUUGUAAUGAUGGCAUCCCGAAGGAGGAGCCAUUCGCCUAAUGAUCCCACUCGUGAUGACUCUGAGUAAGUUUUUUUGGCAAGUCCACCCUGUGAGAAACUCAUUGCAGUCUCUAAGGGUGUUCCCGAGCUUGUCCACGUGCUAAGCGUCGGUCUGCCAGUCUCUCUCUCUCUCUCUCUCUCUCUCUCUCUCUCUCUCUCUCUCUCUCUCUCUCUCUCUCCAUUUCGAUCGUGAAUUUUCGUGUGAAUCCGUCGAUGCGGUUCUUUAACGUGAACUUGGUGUGUUCAUGAUGUCGGGAUUGGGAACGAUGUAACCAUCUUUCCAAGCCCUCGCAAGGUUUUAUGUUCGCAAGGUCCAAAUCAUGCGUGCAAACGCCUUUUUUUCCAUAAGGCGUGAAAACGGUUUUUUUUUUUAACAAGAUCCAAAUCAAUCGUGAAAACGGAU